AUGUCCAUGGAGCACGCUGACGUCAGUCGCGAAGAGGGCGACCCUCCUUUGGUCCCGGGUCUGCCAUCCUGGGUACCUGAAUGGAGUAUGAAAGGCACGCCCCGAUACUACCCUUGGUGGAUGUAUUCGGCAGGCGGCACCACUAGCGAUCAAUGUGAAGUCGAUACGUUCACCAAUCACGGCACGACGCUUCACCUCACUGGGCUUGCAACCGAUACUGUAUCCAGCAGAUGGUCUGUUCCUGAAUUGAACCCGUAUCUGAGGAAUCUCGUGACUUUUGCCAAGGUUGAAGAGAAGCUGUUCCCGCAGACAACCUACGGGAGCUCAGCGGCUCGUCUGCUGGCAAUACAGAGGACAAUCUGCAUUGGUCUCGCCUACAACUACGACAUGGAGACAACGACAGGUUACAUCUGGAGCAGAUGGAGCGAACGUCCUGGUUUCACAGACAUAGCAAAGCGCUGCUUCGAAGGCACUCUUGACCCCUCAGAUAAUGAUUACAGCACAUACGUCGAUCCCAAAGACACCGAUAUGGUCCUCGUUUUUGGACAUGGCCACAUCGGUCUCGGUAGAGAGCAUGUGCAGCCAGGAGAUGUGGCGGUGAUCUUCCCGGGCGUCUCCAUACCUUUCAUUCUGCGAAAAAGGUCAGAUGGUACUGCAUACCAGGUGAUCAGCCCCGCCUACCUGGACGGCAUGAUGAACGGUGAAGCAAUACAAGCAUCAGAUAAGCAUGAUUGGUCAGAACUAUCCUUCGAGAUUGACUAG